AUGGAUGAUUAUGAGAUCGGGGAGGAGUCGGAGCGGGACGCGGUGUUCAGCAUCACGCUGAGGAAGGUGCAGCUGCACCAGGCGGCCACUAAGGGGCAGCGCUGGCUGGGCGUGGACCCGGACUCGGGCCUGAGCCUCUACGAGACCUGCCGGGUCCGGACCAUAAAGGCCGGGUCCCUGGAGAGGCUGGUGGAGUACAUGGUGUCGGCCUCCAGGGGGCGGGACUCCACCUACGUCACCAUCUUCCUCUGCACUUAUCGCUCAUUCGCCUCCACGCAGCAGGUGCUGGACCUGCUGCUCAACAGAUACGCUAAGCUCCAGCAGAAUGUGCCUCCCGCCGCGGCUCACAGAGGAUCCCAGGACGACUGCACAGAGCUGAGGAACACGGUGUCGUCCAUCUUGGGCGCGUGGCUGGACCAGUACUCGGAGGACUUCUGGAGCCCUCCGCAGUACGAGUGCCUGCAGCAGCUGCUGCGCUACCUGCAGCUGCAUUUCCCCGGAUCCGACCUGGAGCGCCGCGCACGCAACCUGCUGGGACACUUCCACCGCCGCCAGCAGCGCGAGCCGGACCCCGACGGGAUCCAGACCUACCUGCACACCCACCUUAGCCUCCUCCUCGGCCAGGUGCUGUUGAACGGACCCCUUCAGGGUCUGGUAGAGACCCAAACCGCCGCCCAACAGAAAGGCGCAGCCCAGGACCCUUCCGCCCCCGGAGCGCCAGGACCCGGGCGGCCUGGCCCGGAACCCGGCCCCGGAGGUUCCGUACGGCCUCCGGGGACCCGGGACCACCGCGUUACCCAGAAAACGGGUCACGGUUCCGGACCGGCGAACCGCGGGGGUCCCCAGAAGAGACAGGCCGACCUUACCGAGGGUUCUGGAGCAGGCGGCCGCCAUGGUCUGUCCCCGUCCCCGGACGGGGUCACCCGGAGGCGGGCGGAGGUCGAACCGCAGAUUUCUCCUGAACGCGUUCAAACCGUCAACGGGGGCGCUCUGGCCCUGACGCUGUACCAGUACAAAACCUGCCCGUUCUGCAGCAAAGUGCGCGCCUUCCUGGACUUCCACGGCCUGCAGUACCAGGUGGUGGAGGUCAACCCCGUGCUCCGGCAGGAGAUCAAGUGGUCCGCCUACAGGAAGGUGCCCAUCCUGAUGGUGGACGGGGCCCUGAACGUCCUCCUGGUGUUUUUUCUUAGGGAGGAGAUGAAAUGGCGGCAGUGGGCGGACGACUGGCUGGUGCACCUCAUCUCGCCCAACGUUUACCGCACCUCCGCCGAGGCCCUGGCCUCCUUCGACUACAUCGUGAGGGAGGGGAAGUUCGGCCCGGUGGAGGGGUUCUUCGCCAAGUACGUGGGCGCGGCGGCCAUGUUCAUAAUCGCCAAGAGGCUGAAGAGCCGACACAACCUGCAGGAGGACGUGCGGCAGGACCUCUACAAGGCCGUCAACGAGUGGGUGGCGGCCAUCGGGAAGAGCCGCAACCAUGAAUCUAAACCCAGAAAAUAG